AUGUCCGUUGCUGAACUCGUCAAUCUCAAACAAGGGAGAGACGAACCGUUGAGGACAUUCAUGCGUAGAUAUUUUGAAGCGGCAAGAAUAGUAAAAGAUGUCACCCAUGAGUUCAUCAUGAACAACCUGCCCAACUGUCUCAAACCGGGGUUUGUCUCGGAGAGUCUAUACGCUGAAUUACCGAAGACUAUGGAGGAAUUGCAAGAAAAAAUGAUCAAGUUCAUCAAAAUGGAAUAUCAACGGCACUACCACAAGAAAGUUGAGGCCCCCAUAACUGAAGCUAAACGCGAAGACCAGCGAUCGCAUGACAAAGGUCGUAAUCAAAGGCUCCCGCGAAGAGGGCCUCCAAUUCCGCUCGGUCCCCGCUACGACGACUAUGCACAUCUCACUGUUCCGAGGGAGAAAGUGUUCGAAAAAGCCCUCCAAACUAACCUGAUCACCGUUCGCAGACGACGCUCGCCCAGGGAUGCGAACGGAUCUAAAACUUGUCGGUUUCAUGACAACCGAGGACAUUCCACAGAAGGAUGUCAGAGCCUCAAAGACGAAAUCGAAAGAUUAAUCCGUGUCGGAUAUCUACGGGAAUUUGUUAAAGCAGAGACGAGUCAACGAGGGCGCUCGCCCAAAAAGAUAAGGAGAAGCCCUUAA